AUGAACACUUCAAAAUGCCAGUCGUCUUUCCCUGUGUGGUCUGGAGACUAUUGUGAUUUGCCGCUUUACUUUGUUUUGGUACGGAAACACUCCCCAGAUCAACUCACUAGUCUACCUACCCCAGCUCAAUCUUCUACCUCACUUUCAAGGCGAUCUUCUCUUGUUGCACAAAACCUUUUUCGCAAGAAAAAGUCAAUAAACAACUUCAAUGGGCACUCAAACUUAUCCUCACCUUCCAGUUCUUUAAAGAAUGGUGAGACAGCUAAUAGUCAAGAACUAGCCGUUUACAUUUACCAACUCAUUUUGGCAUUGCCCAAUGCGUACCGCGAUCAGUUCAAUGCCCCAUUCCCUCAAAAUAUCGAAGAGUAUAUGGAUUCUCUGUUGAGGGUGCUUCCUAAAGAGUGGCCUGAGCUGGCAAGCUCUGCUGCAUUAAACAGAAUGACGGCUCUCCGUUAUCCUUCUUUUGCCUCUUUCCAACACUUUUUGUGGGAGUUUCGCCGUUUAAAGCUAGUGGCUCAAUGCAGCGACCGUAAGGCUUUUUUGAUUUUUCUUGCAAUCAUCCCCACAGACCUCCGAAUAGCCAUAUCUAGAAGUGGCAUCAACCAAUAUUCCCAGCUUAUCCGUGUAGAAGAAUAUGACACUCCCUCAACAAAGGUUCUUAUCUCUGAUCCCAGAAAUAGAAAGUCUUUACGGCUCGAUUUGCACAAGGACCGACUACUCUUUGCCCUCCACAUUCCUUCACGGUUGUUUAACAAGAUUAUUAAAUCUAAGCAUAAACUCAUCGACUCUAUUGCAAUGUCUUGGGCAAAUUUGUCUUUGGAAAAAGAUGGCACAACCGGUUCUCCCGCAAUAAUAUCAAAGUACAACCCUCGAAUUAGUCAGAUUCUUUAUGAAUCGGAAAACGGAACCAUUAAGUCAGAAAAUACUGGUCAACAACUUUCCAAAAAAUCACCAUCAUAUGUUCACAUUACUUCUAGCUCCAAAUCUAUGCCUCUUUUUGUGCGGGCCGUUACGGAGAAACAAAAAAGCACCGGAAACACAUCUGGAAAUACAUCUGAGGUGGUAAUAUGCGACAAUAUUAUUUUUUACAAUGGAAAGAUUCAUUUAAACCAAGGUUUAAUAACAAGUAUUAUUAAACACUGGUACCACUGUUUCACUUCUAGUAUUCAGCAGGCUGACAUUCAAAUCUUUGAUUUGCUAGUCGGAAACAGCUUUAGUUACAAGCCGUUUUUCGAUUUUUCAAAUAUCAUAAAAGCUAAGCCCGAUCGCAAUUCCAAAAUCCGCGAUACCAGCAAAACACCAUUCGUUUCAAGCAAUGAAAUCAAUAAAACUCAACAACAGCAAACCAUACGUAAGGAAUCUGGUGGGAAAAACACUCAGGCAAAUAAUGCGUCCUUUUCUCAAACUACAGGAUCUGUGGUUGAAGAAGAGGGCGGAGACGAGAGUUCGGGGUAUUACCGACCAUGGCAAGUUGUGAAGAUGUCAUACGUUAGUGGAGCAACCUUGUCUGAGUUUUCCAAACCUCUUCCGGAUAUGUUUCAUUUUCAGAGCAAUAACAACAGCAACAGCAGAAAUACUAGUCGAAGUAACAGCGGCCGAAGCCAAGACAGUCACAAAAACUUUAGUUUGGGCAACAAGAAAAACAGCGGAGGGAUCUCGAGGGCUGGAACUGGAUCCUCCCAACACACGUCCCACAGUAAUGGUGGUACCAAUGAGAAACAAUCUGCGAGAGUAGGAGUUCGUCGUGCUGAUUCACACAUUUCAACAUCUUCAGAAGCGUCCUCUUAUUAUCCUUCAUUGUUUUCAGAAACAGCAAGCUCAGGGACUGUUUCUUCAACACACUCGUCGUCAUCUUCCAUUGAAGAAGAGGACGACGAAGAAGAGGAAGAAGUACCGCCUCCCAAGGAUAUUAUCAUAAUCACCUGCUGUGAGACACUUGAAGUAUUUUUUGGAGUCAUUGACCCAUCCGACCCACCAGCAGCCAUUAUUCAAACUGUGCUUAUUCCAUUUGCCCACCAGUAUGGGUAUCCUCUCGCAGUGCUUACUGACAGAUCUGCGCCAGCACGAUUUUUCACUUCGCAAUUGUUUCAAAAGUUUUGGAAAGCCCAUGGCUCGGCAUGUUUUCAUCUAUCCACCCAGGACCAAGAAGGCACAAGCAUUGCAGAAAUUCAUAUUUCUUUUAUCAAAACAUACCUGGCUUGCUUUGCACAUGAGCUUCAAAUACAAAAGUCCAAAGUUUUAAUUCCUGGCGCAUUGGCCAGAAACACAAGUCGGAGCGGUAGAACUAGCACCCAUCUCAUAGGACAGCAAAACAACAAUAGCAAUAGCAAGAGCAGCAAGAGUAACAAAAAGACCAAUAUCGUCGAUGUUAGCCUGUAUCGUAAACGACUGAUGGCUAUAAUAAAUGAUUUGGUUUCUUAUUAUGACACAAGUAUUGAUGUCGCUUCUCCAACAAAUGGGUUUGCACAAUAUAUCCGAGCUUGUGCGGCGGCAGCAGCAGCCAGAAACGGGUAUCCAGAAAACAUUGUUGGGUAUUACACUGGGGAAAUUGGAGAUGAGGAAAAUAUGGGCAGACUUUCAGACAGCGACGAUGACUGGGACUCGGAUGACAGCAGUAAUAAUGGCACAGAAUUUUUUGGGUCUGUAAAAAAUAACGGUGGAAGUACCAACAACAACAAUAACAAAAGCAACAAUACUAGCGAGAAUAAUAUUUUUUACACAACACUGAGCACGGCGCUUAAGACGUUCACCAACGUCUCGCAAAUGUAUUCGACUAAGUGCAUGCCUGCAUUUGAGCACCAGGUUUCACAAGAAAACCUUGUUGACUGGCCAAUUGCUGUGCCCUGGAAACUAGCACCUACAACAGAUGACAGCAAAAAAGCUGGUGCAGAGAGUACAGAAGCAGACGGUUUGGGUAGACAGCGAUUGCCGACUUACUAUCACAAAGACCCUAACCAAGCCCCAACGUUAAACAGUGCCCAGAUUUAUGAAGAAUAUAAGCGGCCUCUUAUGGCAAACGGAUUACCUAGGGAAUCAAUUUUCCGCAGGAACACUACCACGGCUGCUGUUGGCAGCAACAGAACCCAUAAGCGCCCACUCGCCCAGAAACCAUUGAGAAACCAUGUGGUGAUUCAUGGCAAGAUUAUGCCUAUUGACUCUAUUCUUGGGUACUGCGAAUAUUUGAGUAUCCCGUGCUUUUUGAUUCAAACAAAUUGGGGACUUUCUUGGGUAACAGGAUUUCAGCUCUCCGAGUGCUCAAAUGAUUUGCAAGGCUCCAUCAAGUCUAUUUACAAGAUUCGUGACCAGCCUGUUCCAGAAGCACUCAAGUUUUUGACUAACCAGGAAGCAUACACCACUCAAUUUUUUUAA